AGGACACAGUACAAGACAAAAAAUUUACCACCGAGAUGCUAGCUUCAAAGACGUCAUUUACCGUGUUCAGGGCAAAAAAGGAGGUCCAAGGCUCCUCGUUGGCCAACAACGCCCGUGCGACAGCAACGCCGGACAGACCAUACUUCUGUUGAGAAGUCCCGUGAUGAAGCCACAGUUCAGUCUGGCAUAUUGAACGCGGGGAUCUAGUUGUGGUACCGCGAGUAGUGCACCUAGUCCUGUAAUCCAGGUUGCGAUUUCAUGAACGGAACGCAAAACGGGUUGUCUUACGCUGGAUCGACUCCAGCCGCGCUGAAGCGCGAAUAGAGAAAGGCUACCAAACUACACCAACAUACUCCAACACCGAUCGUAUGAGCAGUAAACCGUUUGCAAUCGGCAGAAUGCGAUGGCGACACACUUCCAUACGCAUUACGCCACCCGAUAGGAUAGUAUCAUUUGUUUUUGUUAUUGUUUGUGUUAUUUUUCUUAAAACACAAAUUGUUUGUGUUAUUUUUCUCCAUCGCCAUCUUAAAGUUAAUGGGGCACCAAAUUUCGCUCCGUGUGUUCGGCAAUCCACAGCAGUUCAUCAAAUUGAUGGUAUACUCUACAAUUUCGUAGUUUUUUGUUCUUUGCCCAGUUAUUAAGCUGUACUGGAAAAGGUUUUUGCCACUCUAUACAUAAUUUACGGAAUAUCAUAAAAAUUAAACUUUACCUGUUUUAGUUUAUUUUUACGGACGUGUACUAUAAACAUCUUAAUUUGAAGUCUGGCUCUAAGGUGGUACACCUAUGAUUACAAGGACGAGUGAUGAAUGACACAAGGACAGGUAAAUAAUGAAACAUGUGUGUUUUGGCCAAUACAAGUUCCGUGUAAAAUAUUAUAAGAAAAAGAGCCUAAAGGAACUAAUGGUAAAUUGUCCUAAAUCGUACAGUCGGACCAUAUUUUAAAUGUUAGAGCAAUUUGGCGUCAACUUGUAGUAACAACUAAUCCAAUAUUUUAAGCCUUCCAUGUUUCAUUAUCUUGAUUUUAUGAUUUUUUUUUUACUAAAAAAUUACCCAAUGAAUGCUUAAAUACCUAUUUUUAAUGGAGUGAAUCAUUAAAUCACUUGGCAAAAACAAUGACAACAUAACUUUCACAAAAAGGACAAGACUAAUCGAACAAUUUAAAUGUAACGGACAGUAUAAGUUAUCUUAAUACACAAAUUAUAUCCAGCUGUACUAUCCAAUUUAGUGAGCCUCUCUAUCUGUGUAUAGGAAAACAUUCCGUCCACCAAGAAUACAGCAACAUUUGUAGGGCACAAAUAACUCUCGGCCAUACGCCGACUGCUACGAAUAUACAGCUCAACGUAUUGCCUGGCAUCUUCUGGGACAACACCUUUCUUUUGAAGAGGCAAAUGACGUCAAAAUGAACUGAAAGUCACUAAAUAAAAAGAGGCCAUUAUUCCACCAGACUCCGAUCGCUAGAUUAAACUUCUCACAUGUCUCAGGAACCAUAAGGAACUUUCGGAUGAGAAUACCUACGCAAAGGUCCAUAAGGCUAAGGAAUUUGUUGGCAUUACACGAUCAUGCCUACCAAAAACAUACAUAAUUAGCACAAUCAACCGUUAAGUCUCCUUCCUACUGAUAAAUGCGAUCGAACUACAAUCGGCAAUCGUACGGACAAACAGACUAGCGUUAGAGUACCGGCAUUGCCCUAAACUGCCAUCAUACACUAUCAAUCCUCAAGAAAGCCUUUCUGCGUCACUAUUUUAGUGCAUUACCUACAGCCAGUGACCUUCGUCGGUGGUGCAUUCCGCAUGCACCGAAUAGUACAAACAAGAGGCAAUCUUUCUGCAAUGCACUUUGUACCACUUUGAUCCGGAAAGCACUACCAACGUUGGCUAGCGAAUGAAUGAAACGUGUUCAAGCCCGCCCGUACACGGGUUCGAGUGGCGGGGCAAACGAGCGCGCCUUCCCGACACCGAUGUAUUUGAAAAUCGUUUGGUAAGUGGGGAAAAUGCUAUAUUACUGACCACUGCGCGCCGCUGCAGAAUGAGUCCAAUUCUGCCAGCUCGAAGGCACGCACCAGUGCAGGAUUAAACAGUGGUAACAGCGGAACACCCCCGGAUCACCCAGCAAUGUGGUACUUUGUGGCACUUUGCGUAGUGCUGUUGCUGUUAUGGCUUCACCUGGAUAACUUAAAGCCCCUCAAUUUCCCGCCCGGUCCCAAGUGGUACCCGAUCGUCGGGAGCGCUCUCUCGAUCAUGAACGCACGCAACAAAACCGGUAUGCUGUGCAAAGCGGUCGAGCAUAUUGCCCAGGACUAUCCCGACCACCGUGGUGUGAUCGGCUUCAAAAUAGGGAAGGAUAAAGCGGUCAUGGCGAUCAAUGCCGAGUCGCUGAAGGAGAUGAUGAACAACGAAGACUUUGACGGGCGGCCCACCGGGAUAUUCUACGAAACGCGCACCUGGGGUCUACGGCGCGGUGUGCUGCUAACGGACGAACAGUUUUGGCAGGAGCAGCGCCGUUUCAUUGUGCGCCAUCUGAAAGAGUUUGGGUUUGCGCGCAAGGGCAUGACGGAAAUCAUUCAGAACGAAGCGGCUCACAUACGCAAGGACUUUGAGGAGCUGAUCGCGAAGGGCCAGGGUAAGGCGACGGUGCAGAUGCAGGGAGCCUUUUCCGUCUACGUCCUGAACACGCUCUGGCUGAUGAUGGCGGGAGUUCGCUACAGUAAGGAUAACGACGACCUAAGAUAUCUGCAAGCGCUUCUGCACGAGCUGUUCACCAACAUUGACAUGAUGGGAGCGCUUUUUAGCCACUUCCCUUACCUUAGAUUUGUGGCGCCCAGGCUUUCAGGCUAUAGGCAAUUUGUAGAAAUACACGAGUGCAUGCACAAGUUCAUCGGUGCCGAGGUGGAGCGGCAUCAGAAAAACUUCAACCCAGACGACGAACCGCGCGAUCUGAUGGAUGUGUACCUGCACACGCUGCAAAACAAUAAUGCACCGUCGGACAGUUUCUCCCGCGAGCAGCUGCUGGCCGUUUGUUUGGAUAUGUUCAUUGCCGGCUCGGAAACAACCACCAAAACGCUCGACUUUUCCUUUCUGUACAUUGUGCGCAAUCCGAAGGUGAUGCGGCGGAUUCAGGAAGAAAUCGAUGACGUCAUUGGUCGCAAUCGGCUACCAACUUUAGAGGACCGUGCAAGCAUGCCGUACAGCGAAGCUACAACACUCGAAGGACUUAGACUGUUCAUGUCGAAUACGUUUGGUAUUCCACAUCGAGCACUCAAAGAUACUACUCUGUGUGGUUACCACAUUCCCAAGGACACCAUGCUUGUGGGCAUGUUCCGCGGCAUGAUGCUCGACGAGAACCUGUGGGAAAAUCCGACCCAAUUCAACCCCGAGCGUUUUCUCAAGGACGGAAAAAUACACAUACCGGCCCAGUACCACCCGUUCGGAGUCGGCAAACACCGGUGCAUGGGUGAGCUGAUGGCGAAAAGUAACCUUUUCCUGUUCCUGACCACAACGCUGCAGUCGUUUGAUCUCUUGCUGCCGGAUGGAGCACCCAUACCGUCGGACAUUCCGAUUGACGGUGCAACGCCUAGCGUUCGGAAAUAUCAUGUCGCCAUACGGGCCAGGCACUAAUGGUUGUUGGAUUGCAAAAUAUCGUGUCGAUAUUAAUUUGUUCUAUAAGUCUGUUUCAAUCGGUUGACGCAAACAAAUGUUUGAAUUCCCUUAAGUCCGUGGCGAGUUUUUAAACAAUUAAAGCAACACACUUAAAUAUGUUC